AUGGUGGAAGGUAAAAGGGAAGCAAGGCACAUCUUCACAGGGCCAGAGAAGAAAGAAGAGAGCCAGAAAUUAUUAUCUUUCUGUGCCAAUAAUGCUCCUGCAAACAUUGUGAGUGUUCCUAAAACUCAGUGGAUUUUCUGUAAGAAGUGUGGCAAGCACCAACCCCACAAAGUGACACAGUACAAGAAGGGCAAGGAUUGUCUAUAUGCCCAGGGAAAACAGCCUUAUGAUGGGAAGCAUAGUGGCUAUGAUGGACAGACUAAGCGGAUUUUCCAAAAAAAGGCUAAAACUACAAAGAAGACUGUGCUAAGACUUGAGCGCGUUGAGCCCAACUGCAUAUCUAAGAGAAUGCUGGCUAUUAAGAGAUGCGAGCAUUUUGAACUGGGAGGAGAUAAGAAGAGAAGGGGGGCCAAGUGAUAUAGUUCUGAGUAUCAUCUUUUGU